AUGACGGUGCAGGUAUAUGGAGCCAUCUCCUCCCCAACGAGCUGCAUCUUCGCCCUCAACAGGACGGCUGACGACUACCGCAGCCAGUUUCCAGACGUAGCCGAUAGCGUUCGACGUAAUUUCUACGUCGAAAAUUAUCUCGACUCCUUCGACUCCGAAGACAUGGUCAUCAAACGGUCCCGCCAAAUGAAAUCCCUUCUUCAGCUAGGGGGAUUCAACUUGACCAAGUGGACGUCGUCAUCCAGAACGGUGAUAGCAGUGCUACGAGAAUUCGGCCUCGCAUCACCAACUCUAGAUCUGGACUUGGAGAAACUUCCGGUCGAGAGAACGCUUGGAGUAAUGUGGGACAGCGAACGAGAUGACGUUCAAGAUACGGAAGCCACCGAACAACGUGACCCUCACGAAACGAGCCUUUCUAAGCAUCAUCUCUAG